AUGGCCAAGGGACCAGGCCAGCGGGGCCGACUUGGGCUGCUUGGAACUGCUCGGGCAGAUCUGCGUUUUCAUGAGAUCCAGAGGUGCUAUGAGAGCAGAAGGGUGCUGUUCAGGGUCACCUACCCAGAGGCUCAAGAGGACUCCAGCCAGGCUGCUUUAGAUGACCCCUGGUUGUUGGGUCAGCAUGGUGUGGGGUCUGGCUGUGGCCGUCCCAAAGGGCCCAGCUUCUGCUGGGACAUCACCUGCGGGCAGCCUCACGUGUCAAGUCUCAUCGUGGGGGACCGGGACACCCAGGACGGAGAGUGGCCGAGGCAGGCGAGCAUCCAGCACCGCGGGGCGUGUGUGUGUGUGCGCGCGCUCAUCGCCCCCCAGUGGGUGCUGACGGCAGCACACUGCUUCCUGAGGGCGCUGCCAUCUGAGUGCCCCGUGCGCCUCGGGGCACUGCACCUGUGUCCUGCCUUGCCCCACGUUCUCUUGGUGCCCGUGCAGAGGGUGCUGCUGCCCCCGGACUACUCAGAGGACGGGACCCGAGGAGACCUGGCGUUGCUGCAGCUUCGCCGCCUAGUGCCCUUGAGCACAUGAGUCCAGCCCAUCUGCCUGCCUGAGCCUGGGCGUUGCCCACCACCAGGUACACCAUGCUGGGUCACUGGCUAGGGCAGCCUCCACUCAGGAGUGCCACUCCCAGAGUGGCGACCUCUGCAGGGAGUACGGGUGCCACUGCUGGGUACUCACACCUGUGACCUCCUCUACUACAUGGGCACCAACAUUCCUCGUGCCAAGCACAUAGUGCUGCCAGGGAACCUGUGCACCGGCUAUGUCGAGGGCCAGAAGGAUGCCUGCCAGCGUGACUCUGGAGGACCCCUGACCUGUAUGAGGUCUGGGCGCUGGGUCCUAGUGGGUGUGGUGAGCUGGGGCAAGGGCUGUGCCCUGCCCAACCGUCCAGGUGUCUAUACCAAUAUGGCUACUUACAGCCCUUGGAUUCAGGCUCGCCUCAGCCUCUGA